GUGACAGUCGUGCAGGCGUAGCAAGUUUUUAUCCAUGUUGAGCAUUAAUUGGGUGGGUAGUGGUGGCCUAUACUAGUUUGAGGGAAGACGCUUGGGUGCAUAGUUGUGUUGAUGGAGCGGUCAGGCAUGGCAUCUAAUUACAAGAAGCCAUCCUUAGGAGCACCAUCUCAGAGAAAAAAGACUGGUCCAAAACCUGAGCUAACUGAGGAACAGAAGCAGGAGAUUCAGGAGGCUUUUGAUCUCUUUGAUACAGAUGGCACUGGGACCAUAGAUGUUAAGGAGCUUAAGGUUGCCAUGCGAGCUCUAGGAUUUGAACCCAAGAAAGAGGAGAUUAAAAAGAUGAUUGCAGAUAUUGAUAAGGAAGGAACAGGAAAAAUCAGCUUCAGUGACUUCAUGUCUGCCAUGACACAGAAAAUGGCUGAAAAGGAUUCCAAAGAGGAGAUAAUGAAGGCCUUCCGAUUGUUUGACGAUGACGAAACUGGAAAAAUUUCUUUUAAAAAUUUGAAACGUGUAGCCAAAGAACUUGGUGAAAACCUAACUGAUGAAGAAUUACAGGAGAUGAUUGAUGAAGCUGAUCGAGAUGGUGAUGGAGAAGUGAAUGAACAGGAAUUCCUAAGAAUUAUGAAGAAGACCAGCUUAUACUGAGCAACAUCGGUUAACAUUGAAUUACAUUUGGAAGGAAUGGUUUUCUCAUUGCAACAAGGCAUCUAGGCAUUAUUAAAAGGGAACACAUUUACAAAAUUGCCUCAAGUGACCAUGGGUCAUAGAUAUAUAAAAAUUCAUGUAUGUGAUGGACAUACAUUGUUGAUGGAUUGUGUUUUAAUCGUUCUGCUAGUAAUGCGUCUGUUGUCCUGUCAUACUGUAUUUGUGUUAAUCCAUACACUUUGCAUUAAGUGCCACUUAGCACAUUUCUUAUGGGAUAUGUUAAAAUAUUUUCCUUUUUUAGUUAAGUGGAAAAAUAUGUAAAAACAGCUAGCAACAGUCUCAUAUCUCUCUUAAAAAAAAAAGUACCCAGUGAUUACAUACUUGAUGGUUUAUAGAGGGCGGUCAUCUGUAAAUUAUUUUUUGUUGUUAGAAAUGAAUAUGGCUGCUAAUUUGGUUUAUCACACUUGCAAAGGGACAUAUUCAGGUUCUAAGUGAGGUAUAUUGUGCCUUUUUGAAACCUUCCAGUGGACUUCAGUCCUGUACCGUACCGUUUCCACCUGUGUAGAGUAAAUAUAUGGUUAUUCAUGAGCACUUGGGUUAUAUGGUUCAUGCACUACCUCUGUAAACUAAGACCAUAUGUUGUUGGGGGUUUUUUUUUACUGCAUUUUAUGUCUUGUAUGUUUUGGGACUGGAUUUACAUAGCUUUUUACAAAUAUAGAUUCCAAAUUAAAUUGUUACAUUCAUAUAAUUCUUAAUUGGGAAACGUCCGUCACAUCACACACAUACACUAUUAAAAACACUUAAACCCUGCAUUGUUCAUUUUAGUAAAUAAAUCAUGAAAUAAACAUGGGAAGAAAAAAACGUAGAUCUGUGAUUAUGGUCACAAUAGGGAAUCUGUUGAAGAUCUACUAAACAAUAAUCCGAAUUACUCUAUUAUAAUUGCCAAAGUUAAGCUUGGAUGCUUAAAGUAUUGUAAACUAAUUGGUUUAUAUACUACUAAGAACUAAGUUCUUGUUAUACCGGAGGCUGUGUUGAUAUUAUCAAAAAUAAUUACACAUAUAUGGUGUGAGAAUAUGAGAGCUUCCUUUAAAUUUAGUAUAAAUAAAUAUAGUAUAAUAAAAUAGGUACAUUCCUUAAGAAUGACUUCAUAUUUUUGCCCGCUAGCAAUUGUCUCAUGUGUUAUGUAUGUAAAUGACCACAAUCAGGGAGACAGAUCUAAUUUUUUUUCUUCCCAUGUUUAUUUCAUGAUUUAUUUACAAUGAACAAUGCAGGGUAAACGUGUUGUUAAUAGUGUGGUGUGUGUGUGUGAUGUGACUGACGUUUCCCAAUAGAGAAUUGAAUGUAUCAAUUUAAUUUGGAAUCUAUCUUUGUAUGCUCUAUUAAUAAUUAAUUAUAGGGAAGGGGCAUCCUGUUUUCUUUUGCAUAUUUUUGCUACCUUGUAUAUAAUAAGAUUUUGUUUUUGUCCCAACCCUACUAAAGGUGCCAGGUGAAUACAAUGUAUUACAGUUGUGGCACCGGUAGUAAUUACAUUCAGAGCUAUUUUUUCUGCCUUCAAAAUCAUUGCACAGUUGGUAUAACUCACACCUUCAUAUUGGUUUCUUUAGUACUGACAUCACUAGUACCAUAAUAAAUAUCACAAAGGUGUAAGAGAAAACAAAAUGUAAACUUACCAAUAAAAGUAAUGACAUAUGAAGGUCUGCCCUGACAUGCUUAAUUAUAUGAAUUCCUCUCUAGUUCUGUAUUCUUUCCUCAAAUACGGGCCAUAUAGGACCUCAUACUAUAUGGUUUAUAUUUAGGAAAAAGAAGCAGCAUUCUGCAUACUCCAAGAAGGUGGUAAAUACCACUUGCAAUUUUAUAUAUAGAUAUAUAUAUAUAUAUAUAUAUAUAUAUAUAUAUAUAUAUAUAUACACAAACGAGUAGAAAAGUAUCAAUAUGGCUUACCAGUCAUGGGUUAAAAGCCAAUAGGGAAAACGUUACUAGUCCUCGCAAUGUUAAAGAUAGAAAAACGUCAAAUUUCUAAGUUGUCCGUGACUAGUGGACCACUGGAAAUCCCAAGCUCUGUGUGUGUGUGUGUGUGUGUGUAUAUAUAUAUAUAUAUAUAUAUAUAUAUAUGUAUGUAUGUAUGUAUAUGUGUUUAUAUAAUGAAUAUGUGUGUAUGUAUGUAGAUAUCUAUUUCACAUGCAAAGAAAUUUAUUUUUUGUUAAGUAUAGUUCAUGCAUUGUACGUACAUUUCUCUUUAUUGUAGCAAGUUUUCUGUGUGCAUUAUAAUAUAAUAUAUUGAUGUGUUUUUAUAAAAGUGUUUUAAGCACAAAUUUGUUAUACAUUUGUAAUGUCUGUAAGUUGGCAAAACCUUUCCAGUAAAAAAUGUGCGAGAACCCAUGAA